GACAUGGAUAACGCAGGGAAGGAGCGAGAAGCGGUUCAGCUGAUGGCGGAGGCCGAGAAGCGAGUUAAGGCCUCCCACUCGUUCCUCCGAGGGCUAUUCGGAGGAAACACAAGAAUAGAAGAGGCUUGUGAAAUGUAUACCAGAGCUGCAAAUAUGUUCAAGAUGGCUAAGAAUUGGAGUGCUGCAGGAAAUGCAUUUUGUCAGGCUGCCAAGCUCCACAUGCAGCUUCAGAGCAAACAUGACUCCGCUACUAGCUUUGUGGAUGCCGGGAAUGCUUACAAAAAGGCAGAUCCUCAAGAGGCUAUCAACUGCUUAAAUGCAGCCAUCGACAUUUACACAGACAUGGGAAGGUUUACAAUCGCAGCCAAGCAUCACAUUACUAUUGCUGAGAUCUAUGAGACUGAACUUGUGGACAUUGAGAAGGCUAUUGCACAUUAUGAACAAUCUGCUGAUUACUACAAAGGAGAAGAAUCUAACAGCUCAGCUAACAAGUGUCUGCUGAAGGUGGCAGCCUAUGCUGCACAGCUGGAGCAGUACCAGAAAGCCAUUGAGAUCUAUGAGCAGGUUGGGGCAAACACUAUGGAUAAUCCUUUAUUGAAGUACAGUGCAAAGGAUUACUUCUUUAAAGCAGCCCUCUGUCACUUCAUAGUAGAUGAAUUAAAUGCCAAGCUUGCUCUUGAGAAAUAUGAGGAAAUGUUUCCAGCAUUUACUGAUUCAAGAGAAUGUAAAUUACUGAAAAAACUUCUAGAAGCUCAUGAAGAACAGAACAGUGAAGCUUACACUGAAGCAGUGAAGGAAUUUGACUCAAUAUCACGCUUGGAUCAGUGGCUGACCACCAUGUUGCUUCGUAUCAAAAAGUCCAUCCAAGAGGAUGGAGAAGGAGAUGGAGACCUAAAAUGAAAUGUUUGUAUCUUUGUAGCAUGCAGCUAACUUCUCUUUAGUUUUGUCACAGGGCCACGAGAUCUUUAUGGGAUGCUUAAUUUUGUUGCACAUGAGCCACAUGACCUGUGUAUUGUUUCAACAUGCUUUGUCUGUGUCACUGUGAAACAGUUGAAUAGGAGGCUUAUCAUGCUUAUCAGAGUCCCCAGAGUUUUCUGAGAAGUAUUUCUGAAUCUUACUCCUAUUCUUUUGAUAUUUACAGAGCCCCUGUUUAAUGUUGCCAUUUUUUUUAACGUUCUUUUCCUUAAACGCUAGUUCUCAACCCAGUUGUUUUCAGAGAUGCUUUGCAGACUCUGCGUUGGCAUCUGGAUGUAUUCUUUAAAUGGGUGUGUUUAGGGUGGUUAUUAGGAAUGAAUUUAUAACCACUAGAUAUUGUUUAUUUUUGUUCUUCUGUGAUUAUUUUAAUAGUUCUAGUGAUAACUUUCUUUGCUUUUUGUAUUGCUCCCUAUGUUCAUGUGUGCAUGGCAAAAUUGAGAGCAGUUGGUAUUUGUCAGAAUCACUUGCAUUGUGCAGAAAAGGAGCUUCUAGCAAUACCUGCUUCUUGCAUGGAUUACUGUCAAGGUCAAUUUCAUUGAUUUGUGCCUGCACACACACACACACACACACACACACACGCACAACACUUACCACACUCACACAUAGGACCUGCACAAAACAGAAUUUUUCCUUUCCCUAGAAAGUUUCCACUUUCAGUUGGGGUGGAAAUCCUUUUAUAUUUACGUGAUAAUAUUGUAACUGGAACAUCCUGUUCUUCAUUUUCAUGUUUAGAUACUCCCCAAAUUGUGUUCUAUGCCACAGUCAUGCAGAUUUUGGUGAGGACUAGAUGGAUGGUCCCAGUGGAAGUUUGAGAAUGCGUGUGAUUAGCUUCAUAUGUUGAAUAUGGUAGAUUAGGUAGGGUCAGUGUGGCACAGUCAUUCCCACCUUGCAUCUGAGGGAAUUUGGUUUUUCUCUUAGCUGAUAGAGUUUUGUUAGUUGGUGUGUUUGGACUCUGUCCUGUUUACUUGGUUUACAUAAAAACGUGAAUGUUCUUUCAGUUUGAGAGCUUGAUCCUUCCUAUUAGUUUGUAUUUGCUGAAACUACUAUACUGCAGAUGUGGUCUUAUUUCCUGCGUCUCCUAUGUUUGGGCGUGAAAUGAUUUAUGUUUGAGAUGCAUUGUUGCUGGACAUAACUUGCAGUCCUUCCUAAAUUGUGCAGCUAUCAUUAGUGACAGAUAAUGAAGCUUCAUGUCAUUUCAGGUAGUAAGUAGCACUAGAAUUGUGUUUACAUUUUUGGAUGGCCCUAGACUGGGAUUGGUAGAAUACUAUCAGGCAGAAGUGAAAUAGCUGUGCCCAGACUAAGAGCUGAGGGAGGAGUUUUUGAGGACUGGUGAGAAAGCCAGGUCCAUCUGGAAUAAAAGAGAUGGUAGCAGGAGAUAAAGUUGAAAAGGGCUCCCUGAGGGUGGAUGGUAGAGAUCUGCGUCAGGUGCUGUAAGGACUUACUGGUCCAGUCAAGGUGGUGACGGUGGUGCACAAAGAUUCCUGGAGAAGCAGGAAACUCAGUGAUGUCAGGGUGUCUUGUGGUGGUAGAGGGAAUAUGCCCUGGAAUCUGAUGCGGAUUCCUUUUGCCUUCAAAGUUCUGGGAUUCUUUAAUGAAAGCCAGUGGUCACUGAAGGUAAAAUUUGGAAUGGAGCGCAAUUGGUCCUUCCUCAUGAAAUUAGAAUAUCUAAAAAAAUGAGCAGAGAAAAGUGGGUUCUUACUGCCAUACUUAAUAUAUUCCCUAACCAGCCAUGGGCACAUUUGUAAAAAUGAGGCAUGGGGAAUGGUUCUGUUGCUUAAGGCCUCCAAUUCUAAGUUGGUUCCGUAUAAGAACAUUUGAACAAUUGCCAGCCAUUGUGCUGGGUUACCACUAGUUCACAGAGUUUGUUUCCACUUGUUAAGAUAAUCUUCUGGUCUGACCAUUUAAGGUAAAAAACUGCAUGGUGUCUUUUAGGGUAAUUCUUUUUACUUUUCAUCAUGAUCCCCUAACAGACUCCUGUUUGAAGAAGAGGUGUAGGUUUAAAAAAAAAAAAAAGUGUUUUUGUCAUUUUGCCUUGUCACUUAGUUGCUUGCCCAUAUUAAAAUAAACAUUUGGAUCAGUGCUUGGGUUAAGAAUUUGUUUUUGUCCCAGAACUCAGGAGGCUGAGGCAGGAGGAUUAUCAGUUCAAGGCCAGUUCAAAAGAAAUUAACUUUUGUUUUUAAUACUUCACAUGAAAAGAAUAAAAAUUAUUGUGGCAAGAGCAGACCUGCUGAAGAUAAAAGUAGAUUGAGAAAAAAGCCCAGACAACAGUGCACAGACUCACCUCCUUCACGUGCCCCACAAAUGCAGGGCAGUGCCAUGUGUCCAGAUGCGUAGGAGUUAAACUUUCAAGAUUUGUAGUAUGUUAUUUAUGAAAAAAAUACAAUGGCCAUUUAUGUUAUAGUUCUUCUACUUUAGCAAAUCUGUGGUUAGUCCAUAAUUGAAGUCAGUUAAAUUUUCUUACAGGAAAGCUUUGCUUUUUGUGGCAACAUUUUUAUAGCUUGUGUGAAUUCCUUUUUUAAUGAUUUGAAAACAGUAUUUUUGCACAGUUGUGACCAUGUGUGGUGGUAUCACUAUAACCAAAGUAUAUGCACCAGCCUUUGUGCAUUUGUUUCCUCUGGUGUUGUGCAUUUAAACGUCCUAAUGCCAGCCUUUGUGACUAUGUCUGGAGGAUCUGGCAGCACAGCAUGCCCUGUGACCAGUAGCAGGCUUCCUGCCUUGUCAAAUCCCGAGUUGCUCUCCGGCAGGAAAAUACAUAAUGAAAACUAACCAUGUAACAAUAAAUCUACCUUAGCAGAAAGAAUAUGUUGGUUUUCUGUGAACUUGUACAGUAAAUAAAGUGGAAAUUAUGAAUAAUAUUUUGAGUAGUCUUUCCCAGUUAAAUUGGCACAUAUAAAAAGCAGCUUCCUUUCUUUGAGGUUAUUCCCAUGAAAUUUAACCAUUAAUAUUCUUUAGGCUUUUUGCACCUCAGUCACUUGAUGGGACUUUGGAGCACUGCAAUGGUUUUGCAGGCUUUGGUUUGGAAGGAAACCCUGGUUGUCCUCUGAUGUAAGACAGUGUGUAUGGUAACUGCUGACCAUAUGUUCUCAUUAGGAAUCCUUUGGGUUCUGCAAAGUUGAUGGAGGAGUGGCUACUAGAUGACUGGUUGAGUUAUAGAUGUGAGAAUCCCAAAGCCUAACACUCCCUUCUGAGAAAGGAAGAGGUGUUAGGUAGUAAUAGACAUUCAUUUUAAUCUUAAAGGUAACUGCGGAGACAGUCAAUGCCCCUAUGGGAGUGUCAAGCUCACU